UUUGACAUUUUGACAUUCGAAUUGUCAGUAUGUCAAUUCGCUCUUAUUUUUAUUAGUCCUCGAUUUCGCACCGAUUUUCCCCUCCGUAAUGCGAAGAAUGCAAGAAAUCGCGUAAAGAAUGCAUUUAGCGUAUCGGUUUUUUGCAUCGCAGUUGCCUCGGGCCGGUCUGGUAACUUUCAUUUGACACUACAACAGGUUUUUCUGUCAGUUUAUUACUAUGCCUACCGCGAUCGGUCGAUGAAAACGCGAGAUGGAUGUUGUAAAUAUUAGCGCGAAUUGUCUCGAGUGUCUUCAUAAAGAAAGAUGAGUGAAAGAAAAUUCGCAAAGGGGCUAGGAAAACCGGGAACGGCUGCCCAGCUGAGGGAAACCGUCUCGCAAGUCGUCAAGGAAAACACAGAGCUUAGUAAACCGCAACUUGUUGAGCCUCUCGAUUUUGAGAAUUUUCUUCUCAAGAACAAGACUGUGCUUCAGAAUGACCCGCAACGUGAACUUUUGCUCUACCCUCCUGAUGAUAUCUCCGAAGUUGUUCUACCGAGGAGGUACCGAACUUUGUAUCAAACAUUUCCCUCGAGUGAGGAAACGCAGAAUUGCAAUCUCUUCACAAAACAGUGUAUUGCGAGCUAUUCAUCUAAUUGGAACUUGAUUCAUUAUAAAUAUAAUGCUUAUUCCGGGAGUUACGCUGAUCUCCCGAAAAUACCCAACGUGGUAUACAAGGAGGAAAAUUACGAGAUCGAUAUUGAUAUAGAUGCUGAGGAUGGUGUUAAGCCAAGAAUUGACAGUAUAACGAAAGAGGGGUAUUUGAUGAAGGGUCCAGAGGUUGGCUCUGAAAGAACUUUUGUUAACAUCGGAUCGAAGAGUUUCAAACGGAGGUACUGUUCGUUGCGACAGGAAGUUGAUGGUACCUACAUGUUGGAGUUGUACAAAGAUGAGAAGAAAGGCGAGGCAAAGGUCACUAUUGUUAUGGAUUUCUGUACGGAUGUUGUUAAGAAUCCGAAACGAGGACGGUUUUGUUUCGAACUGCGAAUGACCGCCGGCCACAAGUCCUACCUAUUGGCAGCUGAAAAUGAAGCCGACUUUAAAGAUUGGCUCUGUAAGCUCAGUUCUGUUCUUCAACAGAACAAACUUCAGGAGGAAAAACGCGCUGCUUCGCUAGAACGAGAUCGCAGUACGCCCCCAGCUUCGCCCCAAGUGCAGCCCUACGGCACCCUCAAAGGCCUGGAACAGAGCAUGAACCCCCAACUGAUCAAAUACGCCCGCGAGACCGACGUUAGCAUCGCAUUCUCGCGUAAAGAGAACCGCAAUAAGCUCUUCCCUCUCUACCCCCAGCUCGCCGCCAACUUAAAGUCUCCCAAUUCUAGUCAGGGCCAAGUGGAACCGUUCAAAGAAGUGUUCGGCCAUCGAGUCUUCCUCAAAUGCGAGAGCAUCAAAUUUCGUUUACAAGCCGUUGAUGAAAAAGACAAUUUGUGCCAAGUGGAGCCAUACCACACCACUUUGUGCCUAUUUGAUGCCAAAAAUUCGAGAAAAUUGACGGAGAAUUUCCAUUUCGACGUGAAUAGUGCGUGCAUUAGAAAAACAAUGUUUAGUGGCAAUGAAACGGACGUUAAAUUGGAGUUACCGCAAGGGUUGUCGCAGGAGUGGUUGUUUUUUCCGCGACAAGCGUUAAUGAGUAUCACGAAUCCGCAUCCGGAUAUUUUUUUGGUGGUAAGGAUUGAAAAAGUGCUUCAAGGGGGGAUCUGUCAGAGUUCCGAAGCAUACGUCAAGGCGAAUAAGGAUCCCAAAAUUAGUUUGAAGGCUUACAAGAGUAUCGCGACGUGUUGUCAAAGACUGGGGAAUUACCGGAUGCCUUUCGCGUGGGCCGUCAGACCCUUGUUUAGACUGUAUAGUAACGAAUUAGAUAACACGUCUGACUUUCACGCCAUCUACCGUCAAGAACCGAACAAAUUAACCGACGAGGAACUCUUAAAACUUUUAACCGAGUAUCGGAAACCCGACAAGUUUAGCAAAUUCACUGUGAUUCCAGGUUCCUUACAAAUUAAAAUUGCUGCCAUGAACGAGUUACCAUCGAAUUGUUUAACAACUGCUUUGGUCCCUUUAAAACCGUUUCCUGUUCCUCCUAGUACCGAGCCCACGAUUGAAAUAUCCGAAUUUGAAGCAAGUUGUGAGAAAGACGUCCACCCCUAUACCACUUUCGUCAAUCACAUCUAUGUCUACCCUCUUAGUUUGAAUUUUGACACCCAGAAGAUGUUUGCUCGGGCUCGAAACAUCGCCUGUAUGGUGGAAUUGCGCGACUCUGAUAACGAAGAAGCAAGGGGGCUUCCUUGCAUUUACGGACGUCCAGGGCAAAGUCUUUUAGUGUCUCAAGCGUCGUGUGCUGUUCUCCAUCACAAUACCAUGCCCACGUGGUACGAAGAAGUGAAAAUAAAGCUUCCGAUCAAUUUGUUGUCGACGCAUCAUUUGUUGUUUAUUUUUUACCACAUUUCUUGUGAUAUUACGAAGAAGAGGGAGAAUGGGAUUGAGAAUUGUGUGGGGUAUGCGUGGUUGCCGUUGUUACACAGGGGGAAGCUGAACGUGGAGGUGCAGACAGUGCCAGUGGCGGCGCAUCUACCCCCGGGGUAUUUGGCGGUGCAUCCCUUCGGAUUAGGAAAAGGGAAUGCUGGGCCUGAAAUAGUCUGGAUAGAUGGCCAAAAACCGAUUUUCACCGUCGGUUUUAACCUCUACUCCACCGUCAAUACGAAAGACCAACACUUAUUUAAUUUGUUCACUCAUGCUGAACGACUUCUCGACCCUAAACCUUCCGCGUUACCUUCAGAAGUAGAAACCUGUAAAAUUCUUAAAGCGUUGCAUGCCAUACAACUCACUACACUAAUAACAUUCCUGCCAACUCUUCUUAAUCAUCUUUUUACGCUUUUGGUGGCGACGAAUAGCGAAGAGAUCGGUUUAAACAUCAUCAGAGUUCUUAUUAAUUUAGUUAAUAUGGUGUACGAGGCCGGUCGUAGAGAAAUACUUCAAGCUUAUGUCAAGUAUGUUUUUGUUACGCCGGUGAGUAAAAGGAGUGUAACAGUACACGAAGAAAUGUGCAAACAUUUACCAGUGAUUUUACACCCGAAUAAUACCGAUUUUCUGGUCGUGAAUAAAUUCAUGCAUCAUGGGGAUUUCUUCUUUGAUGUUAUUAUCAAAGCAAUGGCUCAGCAUUUACUACUUUCGGGUCGGAUUAAGAUGCACCGACACGAACGCUUCUCAGCCGACUACCUUCAAAAAAUCGAAACUUUGAUGCAAAUUCUUACUCCGUACAUUUUAAACAAGUACAAAGAAAUGCCAGUUGAGACUAAAGAACUGAACAAAAGUCUGGCUCAUUUUCUUAAAAAAUGUCUUUCACUCAUGGACCGCGGCUUCGUUUUCAAACUAAUUAACCUCUACAUGGACAAAUUUAACCCGGGGGAUUCCCGAGUGUUACAAGAGUACAAAUUCGCCUUUUUGGAAAUCAUCUGCAACCAUGAACACUACAUUGCCUUCAAUUUACCGAUUCAGCACAAUAAACUCAGUCCGAAAAACCGGUCACCGGAUAAUCUCCAAGAGUUCACACUGUCGGAGGAGUUUUGCAAGCACCAUUUCGUGGUGGCUUUGCUUCUGCAAGAGAUAAAGACGUCGCUGAAUGAAGUGACACAUAUUAGACGUAUCGCCUUGAAUACAUUGAGGGAUUUACUAGCGAAACACGAAUUGGAUGAUAGAUAUCAGAAUAAGGGACAGUUGAGUCGUAUCGCAUUGAUUUAUAUGCCUUGGUUGGCGAUCGUAUUGGAGAAUUUGAAUAGAUUAGAGGUUGGAGAGGGGAGCGAUGGGCAUGAUGUUAUCACAAAUAGGAUUUCAUCGAGUAGUUCGUAUAUGUUCGGGAAGUGUUCGGCGGCGAGUGAUGCGACCCCGAGGAGUCACAGGUUUACGCUGCACAUUGACAAGGACAGUCCCAUGCAUAUACGGAAUUCGGCGUUUUUUGAAGCCAUCGCCGGGCAAACUCUAGUCAACGGUAACUCUCUAAGCAUCGACUCUGACAUUUCCGCCAUCUCCGGGGACGCGCAAUCGACCGCAUCCCAAGACACAACCAUCGUCCGCGAGGACAUCCUCCGCAACGGCGAUUCAAAACCCUCCCACACACGCACCACCUCCCAUGUGCAACGCUACGACAAACUUCAACUAUCGGAAGUGAAAGACGUCCUCUUGAUCUUCCUCUUCGUCGUCAAAUACAUCAGCGAGGAGCAGUUGAUCACGUGGUGGCAGCAAUACAGCGACGGCGACGUGACCAACUUUUUUACAAUUCUCGAAAUGUGUCUGCACUGUUUCAAGUAUGUGGGGGAGCGCAAUGUGACAGUGGUCAAAUCGCAGAUUGUUGAUAAUGUUAAGAGCAAUUCGAAGAAGGCUCACACGUUGCCAGCGCGAAUGAAUCCGGCCGAGAUCAAUCACGAGAAUACCAGCACUUUGGUGAUCCACAUGGCGAAUAGAGAGAAUUUGGUGAGUGGUGAGAACGAAGUGCAGAAGAAACAGCAAGCUGUGCUAGAGCAGCAUCUAGCGACUGAAGUGGGAAUGAUCACUUUGGAUGCGAUGGGGCUGUAUUGUAUGAAUUUCCGGAAGAAUUUGCUAGUUGGGGAUGGGGAUAAUGAUGUGAUGAGGCAAAUUUUCGAAAUUUAUUUGGGUUUUAUGCAAAUUGGGCAAAGUGAAGCGUUGUUCAAGCAUGUGUUUGCGGCGUUGAGGGCGUUUAUCAACAACUACUCGGCGGUGCUGUUUCAAGGCAAUGCUUUUCUUUGUGGCCGUUUGUGUUACGAACUCCUCAAGUGUUGCAAUAGUCGUUUAUCGUCAGUUCGUCAGGAAUCUUGUGCAUUAUUGUACCUUUUAAUGCGAAGUAAUUUUGAAUUUACCAAUCGGAAGGGUUUAACACGUGUUCAUCUCCAAGUUAUAAUAUCAGUCUCUCAAAUGCUGGGUUGUAUCGUAGGAUUGAAUAAUGCCCGGUUUCAAGAGAGUUUAUCCAUGAUUAACAGCUACGCGUCUAGUGAUAAGGCCAUGAAAGGGACAGGUUUUCCUGUGGAGGUGAAAGACUUGACGAAACGCAUCCGCACCGUCCUCAUGGCAACCCUCCUAAUGCGCGAACACCACCACGACCCGGAGAUGUUGGUAGACCUGCAACACAGUCUUGCCAACUCCUACGCCUCCACGCCCGAGUUGCGUCGCACUUGGUUGGAGACGAUGACCCGCAAUCAUCUCCGUGACUCCAACUUCUCCGAGGCCACUUGCUGCCAACUGCACAUCGCCGCCCUCAUGGCCGAGUACCUCAAACUGAAGCGCAUCCAAUCGUGGGGCGCCGAAGUGUUCGCAAAGAUGUCGUCGAACAUCUCGCGCGAUGAAAAGGGCCUCAAGUUGGACGCCGGCGUCCUAGAUGUGCAAUACACCGAGAUUGUGCUCUUGGAACAGCUGGAAACCUGCGUCCAAUAUGUUGAUAAAUCGGAGAGGUAUGAAAUUAUGGGCGAGUUGUAUAAGUUGAUUGUGCCGAUUUAUGAGAAAGCGAGGAAUUAUGAGAUGUUGAUGAAGUCGUAUCAGACGCUGGCGCAGAAUUACGAGAAGGUGGUGCAGGCGAAUAAGAGUGGGAGGAGGCUGCUGGGGAGGUACUACAGGGUGGGGUUUUACGGACAGGCCUACUUUGAGGAGGACAGUGGAGUGGAGUAUGUGUACAAGGAGCCGAAAGUGACGUCGUUGAGUGAGAUUUCGGAACGGUUACAGAAGCAAUACUGUGAUAAAUUUGGACAGGAUGUCGUCAAAAUGAUUCAGGAUUCGACACCGGUAAAUGUGAACGAAUUGGACGCUAAAUUGGCUUACAUACAAGUGACCCAUGUGACCCCAUAUUUGGAGAAAACCGAUUUGGAAGAUCGACAAAACGAAUUCGAGCAAAACCAUGACAUUGAUACUUUCAUGUUCGAAACACCGUUUACAAAAGACGGGAAAGCUAGAGGGAAUCCGGAGGAGCAGUGGAAAAGACGGACAAUUCUCAAAACCGAAUACUCGUUUCCGUACGUCAAAAAACGGAUCAAAGUCGCGUCGAAACGAACAAUCGAACUCAGUCCAAUCGAAGUAGCCAUCAAUGAAAUGCAGAUCCGGGUCCAGGAGUUGGAAGAUGUCGUUUUCACCGAACCUACCGAUGCGAAAAAACUGCAAUUGUUGCUACAAGGAAGUGUUUGUGUGCAAGUCAAUGCCGGGCCACUAGCUUACGCGUCUGUGUUUUUGGAUCCGGCCCUGUGCAAUAUGUAUCCUGAGGAUAAAGUCGAGGAGUUGAAGGAUAUUUACAGAGAUUUUUUGAAAAUUUGCUAUUCGGCGUUGCAAGUAAAUGGGAAAUUAAUAUCGCAAGACCAGUACGAAUACCAAGAAGUGUUGAGGCAAAAUUACAAGAAGUUGUGUACGUCGCUUUCUAACCUGUUUGGGGAGUCGUUGUGGCCCCAUGAUGAAACUGGAAGUUUCAAAAGGAAUAGUAUGGCGUUAUUUAGUGCGAUAAGUGGGGCUUCGCAAAAUUCGAGUACCGCAUAAAUAAUGUCAAAAGUUGUGUUUGUUUCCCGAGGAGGGCUGAUGUGAAUGAAUAUAAUCUUCUGUUUUGUUUUCUAUGUAAUUUAUGAAGAAUUAACUAGGAAUUCGUAAUUGUUGUUGUGAAAUUAAUUUAAUUAAUUCAUAGUCAAAUUGCAUAAGGGUUAUGUAUAUCUGGUAACUAUACACUCAAAGUUCAAAAAAUAUGCGGAUAUUCUCACUGCUAAAUAGUGCUAUUUAGAGAGCAGGAUAGUCUUUGAUACGUGUUUUGUACUUUUAUAAAGGUUUCUGAAGACUGAGAGCUCAAUUUUUGACUUUGAUUCUGCUGGAGAACCACAAGAAUGAAUCUUUUUUAACAAAUUGUCAAUGUUUUUGUGUGUGGGCUGUGAAAUUAACAUGAAAUGAAGAAAACUAAUCUUUAGUAAAAUCUAGUUAAACUAAUGCAUUUGAAUUUCCCGCCAAUACCUUUAUUUCAACAUGUCAAACAUUCGAAUUAUUUAUUAAGUUAGAAACUUGCCAAAUGUGUUUCUGUUUAGCAUCAGAUGUUAUUUAUUGUACCUCAUUACUGCGACAUUUAUUUUUAUUUUCAUGAUUCAGACGAGUUAUAUUUUUUAUAAUUUUACUUUCAUAGACUUAAUGUUUCUUAAAUUUAUUGUUGUAUUAAACUAUUACACUUCAAUACAUCAAUGAUUUAUU